AUGGUGAAGAACGCGAAACGCGAAAGCCAUGCCUCAGAUGAAGAAAUGCCGUCUAUCGAGGAAGAUCUCUAUAAGGUUCUAGGUGUUGCAUCUGAUGCAACCCCAGAAGCCAUCAAAACCGCAUACAAAAAGAGCGCUUUGAGAAACCAUCCCGACAAGGUUAGCGAAGAAGCCCGCGCAGACGCCAAUGCAAAGUUCCAACGAAUCGCACUGGCAUACGGCGUUCUUUCCGACGAGCGCCGACGAAAUGUGUACGACCGAACCGGCAGCACGGACGAAGCUUUCGGUGAAGAUGGUGACUUCAACUGGAUGGAUUUCUACCGCGAACAGCUGUCAGCGAUGCUCGACUCGCGGGCGAUCUCAGACUUUCAGAAGAAAUACCAGAACUCAGACGAGGAGAGAAAAGACCUGCUUGCUGCGUAUGAGACGCACGAGGGCAACAUGGAUGCCAUCUACGAUACUGUGAUGUUGUCUAAUGUUCUAGACGACGAUGAACGGUUCCGGGGUAUAAUUGACCAGGCCAUUGCGGAUGAGGAAGUGACGGACUUUCAGCAAUAUUCCAAAGAAUCCGAGAAGAAGAAACAGCAGCGUGUGAAGAAGGCGCAGAGAGAGGCGCGGGAGGCGGAGAAGCUAGGCAAGGAGAUUGAGGAUAAGAAGAAGAAGAAGAAAGCUGGGGCUCCAACGAAGAGCUCAAAGGCUGCGGCAAACGAGGAUGAUCUUCUGGCUAUUAUCACUAAGCGCCAGCAGGACCGUGGUGCGGGCUUCCUUGCUCGUUUGGAGGAGAAGUACGCGCAGCCUGGGAAGAAGCGUGGUGUCGAUGAUGAACCUUCAGAGGAAGCUUUUGCUGCUGUUGGGGCUCGGAGGGGGACAAAGCCUAAAUCGAAGAGAGCUAAGGCUUGA